AUGAGUUAUUACAGCACUAGUGAGGCCAUGAGUUAUUACAGCACUAGCGAGGCCAUGAGUUAUUACAGCACUAGUGAGGCCAUGAGUUAUUACAACACUAGUGAGGCCAUGAGUUAUUACAGCACUAGUGAGGCCAUGAGUUAUUACAACACUAGUGAGGCCAUGAGUUAUUACAGCACUAGCGAGGCCAUGAGUUAUUACAACACAAGCGAGGCCAUGAGUUAUUACAACACUAGUGAGGCCAUGAGUUAUUACAGCACUAGCGAGGCCAUGAGUUAUUACAACACUAGCGAGGCCAUGAGUUAUUACAGCACUAGUGAGGCCAUGAGUUAUUACAACACUAGUGAGGCCAUGAGUUAUUACAACACUAGUGAGGCCAUGAGUUAUUACAACACUAGUGAGGCCAUGAGUUAUUACAACACUAGUGAGGCCAUGAGUUAUUACAACACUAGUGAGGCCAUGAGUUAUUACAGCACUAGUGAGGCCAUGAGUUAUUACAACACUAGUGAGGCCAUGAGUUAUUACAACACUAGUGAGGCCAUGAGUUAUUACAACACUAGUGAGGCCAUGAGUUAUUACAAAACUAGUGAGGCCAUGAGUUAUUACAGCACUAGUGAGGCCAUGAGUUAUUACAGCACUAGUGAGGCCAUGAGUUAUUACAACACUAGUGAGGCCAUGAGUUAUUACAACACUAGUGAGGCCAUGAGUUAUUAA